AGCCUCCAGUUCGGCCCCCUCACUGUAGAGGAACCACAAACCCAAACCCACCGAUCAGCUUAUCCCCUCCGUACUGUGCGAGCAGGAGAGGAACACAGAGGGCGAAGCGCGCCAUUUGGGGGAGAUGGAGGUGAUGCCCUCCUCCCGCUCCGUCCUCUCCUCCUGCAACCGGCUGGUUGCCCCAUCCAGGACGGCAUCCGCGAGUGUCAAGCGCAAGGGAAAGAGAGGAUUAGUAUGUAUAUUGGGUGGUGAGAAGAAGGACGUAGUACAGGAGAGGAUCCGGAGGAGGGCAGCUCUUGCUUGGCUGCUGACUUCGCCGGCGCUGCCGGUGGCAUUCUCGGCCUAUGGGAAGACUAAAAACAUGAACCCUUACGAUGAAAUUCGACUGCUUGAGCAGAAUAAAAAGAUUCAGGAAGCCAACCGUGCCCCAGAUGAUUUCCCAAACUUCAUCAGAGAAGUCUGCCAAUAACUUGAAAAGUAACAUGGAGAUUGUAUCUGUGCUGUUGUAUCUGUGGCUUUUUGGGUGUGGACAUCGACGGUGUGAGUGGGCGGGCUUGUAGCGGUACUAGUUUGCUUCGGAAGUAGUUCUAGUACCGCUGUGCUGAGCGAUGCAUGAUCCAAACGAUUGGGGCUGGUUAGGAAAGGUUGUCACCAGAACCCUUUGUGUGCACUUUGGCCGGUGGCAUAAGCCGAAUGAUCCUCGUGUCGUGUGGGUCCAGGAAUAUCCCCUGCAGGGUGUAUAAACAAUUCGAACUGCCGCGCUUUCGGUCAUGAGAAUACUUCUGUCCAUUUGCAUCAGUCGUAGAGUUUCGAGUAUGGUUUGUGGUUCGGUAUAUGUGAGAUGAUGAUGUUGGUUCUUGUUA